UGAUCUCUCUUCCGGAUAAUAUUUUUUUUUAACGUGUUUUGUAGGAUAUAAUCAAAGAGUUUCUAAACCCAGACGGGCAACAUCGCAAGCAGACCGGACCGGGGUUUGAGAAGUCAAUGAGAGAAGUAAAAGGUUAUUCCUUAGUUGUUAAUUUUCUCGAAAUCCAAAGGCAUAACCUAUAUUCGAGCCAAGUAGUUGAACAUGUUAUUACUCCAAACUCGUGAAAGUGACAAACUGACGCGUUUUCAUCUAGCUCCCAUUGCAAACGACAGGUUGUGGUCUAUCUUGGGUUAGUUUGACACAAUGAUGUGUUUCUGCGCAUGAGCAUAGCUAUCCAACGUCGCCUACAAGUCUUCAUACUGUACUCUCUUUGAUAUAAUAUGUAUCUCUAUAUCUAUUACUGGUACAUAACCAUUAUACCAUAGAAUAAGAAGCUCACUUGCUACAUUUUGACUACGUGAAAUGUAACGUUAUAGGCGGAACAGAAUAAUACCAACUUGUCGACUUUCAUUCCGGUCAAAAUGUCUAAACUACAGUUGCUGAACGUGUAUGUUACUGAACGACUAACAGCGGCUGUUGCAGAGAUCUCCGUGGCGGUCGACAGGACAGUAGUAGAGUUGUAUGAAGAAAUCUCCCGUUCUAAGGAGGAGAAUAACCGUCUGCGAAGGCUGUUGGAUUUGGUUUUCAACCCGGAGAUAAAGUUACACAAAGCAGAUGCCCAGCUGCUCACUCUCCCCAUAUCUGAAGAGGAGGUUCCCCCUGAGCAGCAGCACUGUGAGCAGGAGUGGAGCCCCAGUCUGAUUCAGGAGGACCCAGUGCCCACACAGAUUAAAGAGGAACAGGAGGAACUCAGGACCAGUCAGGAGGAAGAUCAGCUUCUAGGGCCCUUUCAUACCAAAGACUCCAUAUUCACUUCUCCCUGUGUGGAAAGUGACUGUGAUCAGGAGAACCCAUCUCAGCCUUCACAUCUUCACCAAACCCAAACUGUUGAGGACAGAGAGAGGGACCCUCUACUCUCCAACACAUCUAUAGAGAUCAAACUAGAACCUGAUGUAGAGGACUACAGAGUAUCAGAAGCAGCCAGUGACUCUCAGCCCCUCUCUGCACUAUCUCCAGACUGUUCAGCAGCUCAGAGUGAAAACAUGGAAAGUGAGGAUGAGGUGGAGAGUAGAGGACAACAAUCAGGGUCUAAGACACUCCAAUCAAAGAGAAAACAGAUUGAGAAUGGAGAAAGCUCUCAUACCAAUACUGGAGGCAGGGCGGCCACUAUGUUGCCCCAUUUGACAUCUUCUAGUCAAACUUAUUCGGCUCCUUAUUGUUGUAAGGUUGCCACAGGCCUGAACCAAGCUAAUACAAGAGGACGUCCAGCUGCUGACGCCAUACACCCUCCAAAGCCACCCAAAGUGGUCCGUACUGGAGUGACUGAUGAUGUCCGCACGGAUCAAAUUGAACACUGGCCAGUGAAGUGUGAGACGCGGGGUCGCUGCAAAGUCUGCCAGAAAAAUGUAACGAAUACCCUCUGUCAGAAAUGUGACGUAAGACUGUGUUUCACUUUUGAGAGGAAUUGCUACAAGUUGUACCACAUGCCUUAGUGCAAUAUGUUUACGAUGCAGAAAUAAUUACACACUGACACGAUGAACAACUUGUUCAAUAUAUAUGAUGCUUCUUUUGGAACGUGGAUUUCAGAAGUGAUGAGUCAGGCUUCAUGAUGAACGUUUAUAUUUCGAUGGUUUUAUGCCAUUGUAUUGCUAUUGUUGUAUUUAAACGCAAUGUUACACAUUGAUACACACACACUCUCUCUCCUGUCUUUAUCAGAGUUGAAUAUGUUAUGAAUUAUUAUUGAGAUUUUGUGUAUUUAUGAAGAUUUUGCCAUUUAUUUUGCAAUUCGGGACUUAACUCAGGGUAAUACUUGGUUCACAGAGAAAUAGAGCUGUAAGAUUUGAUAAACUGA